AUGAAUUCCAGGACCCUGAAAGUUGAGAAGCCGAAAUCAAAAUAUACUCAGUCAACGAUUAACUUGUCUUAUAAGGGCAAUGCUUCCGAAUUACAAUCGAAGCCAUCUAUUCGCCAGGGUGGUUUGCAGCUGGUCGGUAAACUGCAAGGAACUCGUCGCAACCCACCUCCUCCGCCAUGGAUCCCUAGCCUUAAAGCUGAGAUGGGCGGGCAAGACACUAGGAUAAAUCUCGUUCCACCUGGAGGCUCGGGAUGGGGUACGGGACCAAAUGCAACAUCGACUUCACAGCCAGGAUCGAUGACAUCUUCAACAAUUCUCAAGGAUGAUGCAAAAGGCGAACCAAAAACAGGAUCCGAGAAUCCCGAUACAGGUUCUUCAACAGAACAGAGCCAAUUGAAUCCCACUGCUAAAAUCUCUCAGAAGCCAUUCUUCGCACCUCGGCCGAAAGUUGCGUCUUCCAAAAGUGGAGCAGACAGUUUACAGGAGUCUUUAACGGGCUCGGUCAUGCCAGCUGGCCCGACAGUUCCUUUCUACCAACGCCAACCCACCACGACCACUGCCAUACCGGAUACGCCUCUACCAGACUCCCCUUCGACACCUGACUUGCCAGCCGGGGAGGAUGCUACACAGGAUAAACCCGUGUCGAGUAAUCCCUCAACGGUUCCCACUGGCUGGGCAGCAGUAACAAACGAAGAACCUGAUUUCCAGGAGCGCAUCAAUUUCAGUGAUGAUGAAGAGGCUGAAACCACGGCCAAUGGAAAUGUUAUGAUUCCGGAACCCCCGAUGAUGCGCGACCCAAUGUCUGCUGUUCAAGCAUUUAGUACCAUGUCAAUUUACAACACGGACGCGCAACUGCAAGCCCAACGGGAAGUUCGAACUCGCGAGUAUCAGAAUGCUGUCAAUCGUGCAUUGAUGGAACGCAGGAAAACGAGCUAUACGGAGACGAGUGAACCUAAACCAGUGGAAACUCCACCAGUUCCACUGGCAAAAACCAUUGCGGAUUCCCAGAUGUUCCUGCAGUCACAUAUAUCUUCGAGUAGCAGCCAGCCUCCUCAACAACCGAAUAUUGCUUCCGUUAUUGCUGCAUUGGCGGUAUAUGGAAACGGUUUUCAGAACCUCCUUCCAAACAUGACGGCGGGAAAAAAUGCUAUGCCUUUUCAGACGAAACCCCCACCAACACAGCCUCCGGUUGUACCAUCGAUGUGGCCUACUGCGUCUUUUUCAACUCCCCAGUCGCAGUUUAUGCAACAAUUCCCAUUCCCCGUUGGCGCUGCACCCAAAGUUCCAAAUCAAGCAGCGUGUCUAAACACCGAACUUUUUCUUGAAAAACUAUUGGAGGCAUGCAAGACCCAGGCCCCAACCGACGUUCCAGUUGAACAGAAGGCGGCAAUUCCUAUACCUAGGGAUUUGACCGAAAAACAGUCCGAAUAUGCCGAUUCCAUGUUCAGGGUGUCUUCACAUGGCCCAUCUGAAAGCGAACUUUUAGACAAUCAAAUGGCAGAGUUUUCGCAACGCAAACCUACUGUUCACCCUCGGGAAAACUUCGAACCCCUUUCCAAACACACCGCUGAGAGUAAUUCACCACUCUGUGAUACCGAUAAAAUGAGCGGCGUAAAAUCCCAACAAUCUGUGGAGACUAGCAACCGUUUGGCCGAUUCGCCACCUGCCUCUGAAUCUAACGCUCAACCUCAAACACAACAUAUAACACCCUUAAUGGAGGUCGAUCUUCCUAACAAGUGGACAGACAAGGAUUUCGAUGCCUUCGAAGCCCCUCCUCCAGCUUUCCAACAGGGGCUAGGCAUGAAAUCAUCCAAAAGCACUAGGGGUGGACGUUCUGCACAAACCCGAGGUCCUCCUAGUCAGGCAACGUCGUCUGUUGAUGCGUCUGAAAAGAUUGCAGCCUAUCGAAAUUCCGAAAGGAAACCAAAGCAAAGCCGUUUCGCCGAAAUCCGAUCCAAGGAAGUCAAAAAAGGUCGAAAUUAUCCCCUGAAGGGACGGCACGUGGCCCAACAAGGUCUCACCGCAUCCACUUGGAAUAAUAUUACCGAUGAUUACGAGCAAUACGACGAUGAAAAUGGCGAUGCGGUAACUACCGAAGAACCCUAUGGUUCAGCUUAUCAACCGAAACGUUCUGAUUCCUCCCGUCAAGGUCAGUUUACACACAGUGCCAAUACUGAUGGCGCUUCAGGCACGUUCCCUCGAACUCAGCGAGGACACCGCGGUACCACUGGACGGUUCACACGGUCCGGUUAUGAGGAUUACUACAACAAGGGCUAUCCGAUGCACCAGGAGUCCUCUUACACCGACACUGGAGGCCAGUGCGACAGCGACGUGGCGCAGAGGCACCCUCAGCUUGCUUCUUUCUCUCGUGGAAAGCAUCGAGGCCAUUCUGGAUUUCAAGCAAGCAGAAAAGGUAUUGCUUGUUUUUUUUAA